UGGAUAUGGCUGAUAACAAGAGAACGUAUUACUUCACGCGCCGCCGCGCACGCCUCAGAACGCCUAGGCCUCCACCUUCUCCUUGCGCGCUCGGCGUCCUUUCGCCUGCUCGCGCAGCGCGACGUUCGGCGAGCCCGACGCCUGCUUCGCCUCGAGGAAGGGCAUCAUGCGCGCGAUGUCCUUCUUGAGGUUGCGCACGACGUUGCUCUUGAACGUCGUCUUCUGGCGGCCCUGCCGGUUCUCGAGGCGCAUGUCGAACAACUCCUUGCGCUUGCCGUCGAUGGCGGCCGCGAGCGCCGGGCCGUCCAUGCUGGCGUAGUCCUCGCCGGCGAAGACCACCGUGCGCGUGGCCGUAGGGGCCGCGCUCGGCGCAAAUGCGGCGGCAGAGCCCAGGAGAGCUGCAGCGAUAAUGCGGACCAUUGUUGAGCGCUUUUAGAGGCUGCUUUGGAUUCCGGGGCUACUUGCGAGCUAUUUCUAGUCGCUUCUCUGUUUGCACGGCAACAGGUGCGGCGUAUGAGCCGGUUGCAGUCGUGCGAGGGC